AUGAAAGAAGACAAAGCUGGCAAAUAUGAAGGACAGAAAAUUCGGAAGGUUUCAAAUGAAUCAUCAUACAGCACAACAGCGGUGAUAAAUUGCUUUCCGAUAGAAUUAGGAAUUUUAGAUGAAAUUUGUAGCUUUUCCACUUUGGCUGAUCAAUGCUCAUUGUAUGCCACAUGUAAAUCAAUACAAGAUAUUAUGGAUAGCAGUUGUAAUUUUGAAUAUCAUCAUCAUUCUAGGAAAAAUGUUGUUUUAAUGAAAAAUGCAUGUGAUGAGUUUGAUUCUGAAGUGGAUAAGAGGAAUUUCCUGUAUGGUAUUAUUUAUAGAUUGAAUGCUGAAAUUGAUUUCUGGAACAGCAAUGAAUUAAUGGAGAGGAAUCUUUUGCGGUCCAUAUUUUGUAAAGAUGAAGCCAACACUGGAAAUUCUUCUUUUUUUGCAUAUGUUUUAAAGUUUCCCAAAAGAGAUUCAGAUGAAUGUGUAUUGAUUAAUAUCGACUUGACACAUUUUCAAUCUACAAAUCUUAAAAAGAUUGUGGUUUCUUGUAAUGGCACAGUUCUUAUUCAUUUUGAAACAGUUGGCCAAUCUAGAAAUAUAGUGUAUGUCCAAAAACACGAAAUAGAUCAGGUAUUUAGUGAAACUCUUUUUGGAUCCAAUAAGAAUGUGAAAGAAUUUAUUACCACUCUUCUUCCAAGAGAGCAUCAUCAGAACAUUGCAUUUAUCAUUAUGAAAUAUUUAAAUGGAGGAACUGGCAGUAUAGAGCUCAACAGGUUUGGAUGGUGCACAAAUGCGAAUAGUAUGAAAGGAAUCAACUUUGGAUCGCAAAUGAUUGAAAAGAUAACUAACGUUGCAUCAAUCAUUUCAAUAUUGGAAUUCAUUCAAUCAAGUGCCAAAAACUUGUCCUGUAUGAGAAUAGCAGAGAUCAACCAAAAGAAGAGAAAACCCUUACCUAUUUCCAACGACAUUACUCCAUGUUCUAAAGUGGAUGUCAUUCGAGUUUUUAGGGGAGUAGAGUAUUACGAAAUGGUCGAAUUUACACUCAAAAUAAGGGGAAAUCUUGAAGAACAGUUUGAAUUUUUUUAUUUGAAAUACAAAUGGGAAUACUUUAAUGGAGAUAAUCCAUUCGUUGAUGGAGAUUUAUCCUUAUAUUUCGACAAUCCAAAAAAUUCAAAAACACUCUAUCUCACAUUUGAUACAAACUAUCUCGAACAGAUUGAGAAAAUAUUAGGUCAUGGAACCAAUGAUGCUGAAGUGCUUGUGGAUUUUUUGUUUCAAUACCUAACGGGCUGUAGUAAGAAACUCUUUUACAUUCGAGAUUAUUACUACAAUCCAGGUACGGAAAGUGGAGCUAGUAGAAAGGCGUUCCAACUCGUUAAUGGAAUAUCUAAAGAUUUAGAGAUUCUUUUUGCGGAGGAUGUGCCACAAACUAAUAAUUGA